CUCAGAGUGUAGUUGGCAGUGGCGAAGGGUAGUCUGCUGCUCAGUGGCUGUCGGGUUUGGUUAUGUGAGCCGAGAUCAUGAGACCUGGACGAUUCCUAAGCAGCUGAUGGAAAGUUUCUCCUGCAUGACAUCUAACUUGAAGUUCUUCUGAAGGAGCAGAAGUCGCCGCCGCCGCCUUCAGCCAUGGGGAAACCGGAGACGGCGAAGGAGAGGGCGGGCUUCGACCUGCACAUGUUCGGCCGCCUCUGGAAGAUCGUCAGGAUCAUCUUCCCCGGCUGGUGCUCGCUGCCCGCCGCGCUCUUCCUGCUGCUGCUGUUCCUGUGCGCGCUCGAGCAAUAUCUUGCAUACUUCAUGGGUCUUGUUGCAAGUAAAUACUAUGCAGUUUUUGGCGACAGAAACUUUGACGGUUUCAUCAUGCACACCCUGAAGACCUGCGGUUUGAUAUUGGCCAUUUCAUCUGUGAUAAGCGUAAAGAUGUACAUCAACAGCGUGUUGUACAUCACCUGGAGACAGCUGCUUGAUAGAGCUCUCCAUCGCCUCUACUUCUCAGGGAUCAACUACUACACUCUCAAUGUUCUCGAUUCUAAUGUUGAUAAUCCAGACCAGCGCAUGACCCAGGACGUUGACAAAUUGUGUUCAUCGCUGGCAACAAUAACAACAAAGGUUAUAAUAGCACCAUUUCAGAUUGGCUAUUACACUUACAAAACCUAUGUAGGAACAGGAUGGCUGGGCCCAGUCAGCAUCUAUGCUUUCUUUUUUGUCGGCACAGUCGUCAACCGCAUCGUCAUGUCUCCCAUUGUGAAGUUUGUCAUGAAGCAAGAAAAAUGUGAGGGAGAUUUCAGAUUCAAGCAUAUGCAAGUGCGCAUAAAUUCAGAAUCGAUAGCCUUCCACGUCUCAGGGCCAGUAGAAUCUUGCAAGACAAACCGUGCUUUGGAUAUCUUGGUGCGAGCGCAGCAGAGGCUCUUCAACAGACAGAUUAUUUUGAACUUCACAAGAUAUAUGUUUGACUACUUUGGUUCCAUCAUCUCCUAUCUGGCCAUUUCAAUCCCAAUUUUUAGUGGGAAAUUUGGUGAAGAUGAAGAUAUUUCGUCCGUCGUCAGUGCCUAUGCCUUCGUCUCCAUGUACCUGGUGUUCAGCCUGACCUCGCUCGUGGACUUGGGCAGCCAGGUGGUGGUGUUGUCCGGCGUGACCCACCGUGUCGCUCAGUUGGUCGAGAGGCUGCUCAAACUCCAGCAUGAAUGGGAUAUUAAUACACUUCAGGCCUCAUCUUCCUUUACCAACAUUACGCAGAAUCUCCGAAAGCGAUCUGGGUCAAGAGAAAGCGCUGCGUCCUCUAGUGACUCAAAACGCCUUAUUGAGGACUCGCCUGAAAAUGAGGCCGAGGUGUGCGGGGAAGAUCAGACGUCCCUAGACAUCGCCUUCAUUCUGAGGGAUGUCACUAUUUCAGCCCCAGGAUCAAAUAAGAUACUGGUUUCAGAUUUGCAACUGGUCAUCAAGAAAGGUGAGAGCCUGCUGAUCAUGGGACCAAGUUCUGCCGGAAAGUCGAGUAUCCUGAGGGUGCUGCGCGGAUUGUGGCCGGCUGCUCAAGGGACUGUGGCGCAUGACUUCCCACCAGGACCCAAGUGUGUGAUUUUCCUUCCACAGAAACCUCUUAUGACUAAUGGCUCUUUGUUGGAACAGAUCAUCUAUCCCCUGCGCUUAGACCCCAACAGUCCCGUUAGCUCAGAGACAUGUGAGGAGAUCAAGAAUCGUUUAGACGCACUCCACAUGAGCGAGUUGGUCGCCAGGUGUGGAGGCCUCCAAACGGAUCCGGAUUGGAAUUGGAACGAUGCCUUAUCACCAGGAGAGAUGCAGCGCGUGUGUUUCCUGCGUAUUCUUUACCACAAGCCACAGUUCGCUCUGCUGGACGAGGCAACAAGUGCUCUGAGCCUCGAUGUCGAAGAGCAGCUCUAUCAAGCCUGCCUGGACCAGAAUAUCACGAUUAUUAGCGUUGCACAUCGAGAGUCUCUCAUUAAGUAUCACAAUUAUUUGCUCACUCUUGACGGGAAGGGAGGAUGGAAGAAGGAGCCAGUUAGCUAGGCAGGAAAAGAAAGAAGCCUGGAGCUUUUGAGUUUUAGUCCAGGAUUGCUGUGUUCUUUCUUUCAUUUCUUCCUCGGUCUGUAUUUUUUAACAAUGUGUGUGUGUGUGUAUGAGUUGAUAUCCAUGAUCCCUUUAUUUGGGACUAAAUUUAACUUCUAAUCUUUUAACCACUGCAAAGGAAUUGUUAUAUACUUUUCACUUGCAAAUUGAGAAAUUACAUUCCUAAAACUAACAAUAUCACUGUACAGGAAAUAAGAGAAAAGAUAACUUUGAAUUUUUGUAAUUACAUGAUGAGAUUAUAAAAUAAUUUCCAUAUAUAUGAGUUAGGUAUUUUAUGCAAGUUUUGAAAAGGGGACUAAGUUAUAGAAUGUAUGAAAGAGUUUACGUUUAUUAGGCAAAGUUCCUACAGUUGUUGGUGAGUAGUUAGGUAGGAAUCUGUGCUGUAAAUACUGAUUUUUUGUAGUUGAAAGAAGAGUGCAAAUUGUAGGUCAGGUUGUGUAGGUGCAUCUGUUUAGAGCACUCAUUGAGUUUAUAACAUUUUGUAGGCAUGCAGUGAUUAUUUUUAAGACUAUGCUUUUAUAGCAGAUAUGUUUGAAGAACUUUUUUAAUGUCAUAUUUCAUAUUAUCUGUACUGCAACAAAGAUGUGUGUAUAUAUUUUUCUGUAGUUUAGUGCCUUCCAAAAGUAAAAAUCCUCAUUAUAUUUUAGAUACUAAUUUUAUAAAGUAGUGAUACUAAAUUGUUAAUAUAAUCACAAAGUGUAUGUCAUGUCUGAGUUCUGUUUAUACAGAAAUGCUGCUUUGUGCACUUAAAAAUAUUCAAGUACUUAUAAGUUAUUUGAAUGUGCACACGCACACGCACACGCACACGCACACACACACACACACACACACACACACACACACACACACACACACACACACACACACACACACACACACACACACACACACACACACACACACACACACACACACACACACACAGAUAUAUACAUAUAUGUAUAUAUCUGUGUGUACAAUUUAUAGUUGAUAUGUAGACAUAUCAGUAUUCCUUUAUCCCGAUUAAUCAAAAUGCAUGUAAUAAAGCAAAAGUCUUUCCUGUGCCAGUGCAAAUCAUACCUCCAGGGAUACAUAUAAAAUACAAAAUUGAUAUGAAAAUAGAGCAAAGAAUCAAAGGCCAAUGCACAGCAGGCAGCUUAUACAAAUAGGUUUAACAGUCUCAAAGUCAUCUUGUAAAUUUCUCUGUGAAAUGAAGCACAAUAAGAAAGGAAUAAUGUGAAAUCUGAUGUUUCAAGCCCAGAAUUCCUUUGAAGAAACUCCAGUUUGAUUUUUCAAAGUCUGAAGAUGAACGUCCUUGGAUUUGAAAUGUUACCUUUUUUUAGGGAGGGAGCGCAUCUUGUUUCACAUCAUCUGUAUUCCCACAGUAUUGUGUUUAUAGUUUUGUUCAACAAAGGCACUCACUCACUAACACACAUGCACACACACACACACAUGCACACGCACACAAGUGUGUAUAUGUGCAUAUAUAUGUGUGUGUGUGUGUAUAUAUAUAUAUAUAUAUAUAUAUAUAUAUAUAUAUAUAUAUAUAUAUAUAUAUAUAUAUAUAUAUAUAUAUAUAUAUAAUGUAUGUAUGUAAGUAAAUUAAAUAAUUAAUGAAAUAAAUAUGAGUAAUAGUGUGUGUUUGUAUAUACAAGUUCAGUAUUUUUUUUGCCCUGUUAGAGCUUCCAUAGUAGGUUGAUACUGUUCAUGAACACAGAUGACACAGAUGUAAAUAGAUAGGUAUAAAUAGAGAAGUAUAUUGUGGAAUUAAAUAGUAUAAUUUUUUUAGCAGUUGAGCCUUUUCUGUAUGCUGUAGAGAAAUACAAAAAAAAUGAUUAAACCUUGUGAUGAACUGAUGUUAAAUAUGGUUUUAUUGUAUGCAAGAGUAUGUGCAAGCCUUUGCUUCUGAUGCAGGUACUUUUUCAAAAUAAACAAUUUUGAUGACAAAUAUAUAUAGAUUAUCUUACACCACAUGAUCCAUAUAAAUUCUUUGUUAUCAACAUUUUAGUUUAAGCAGCACUGCAGUUUGAUGGUUGACAAUAUAUCAAUUAAGUUCCAUUACUCAUUGUUGUUAUCAUCAUCAUCAUCAUUAGUAUUAUUAUUAGUAGUAGUAUCAUCAUUAUCAGAAUCGAUAUUAAAAUCCCAAUAAUUUGUCAGAACUUGCAGGGUGUCCUUUGAAUUUAAGGAAAAUAAUUUUUUUUUUCUUGUUCAACAUAAUAGGAUCUUGAAAACAUCUAAGAAAAGACAAGACAGAGCAGAAGCUCCUCUGCAGCCCUCUACAUCCCUCUCUUCUCCUGUAUCUAAAGACUUGUGCUCAUACUUAUAUAGACAUACACAUAUACAUUGUAAAAGGCCUUUGGCAUAUUCUUGCUUUCCUUUUUUCUCUUGGUAGUUAGUUUACAACACAUUCGGUAGGAGUCAUUAACAUACACUAACAUAGUCAAUUUCUGUGUAGUUUUAAAAAUAUAUAAGAUAUAUUUCAACCGUUUUAUUAACAUAACUAACUAAUGCAUUUAGUUUUGGAAAUGUGGAUUGCAUAGAAUUGGGGCGGACAAGGGGAAAAGAGACCAGCAGAGGGUUUCAAGGUCAGGAGUAAAAAUGUUCUUGUUUUCAGUUGCAUCAUCCCAUUGCUUGUUUGAUUUUGAACAUUGUCUGUCCUCAGUUUAGACUUUGUAUAUUCUAUAUGGGAAAAAAUAAUGAAAAGUAGGAGGAAGGAAUGUUUUUGCUGAAGAUGCCAGGAGGAAUGCUUGAUUAUUUCUGCAAAUAUUGAAAUAGAUAUUAAAUCUAGCUAAUGCUUAAAACUCUUUAAAGGUGCGUUUACACGAUCGAACUAUGUUCGACGGACAAAAUCGUUACCAACUAGGAGUGGAAAUUGAAAAGGCUCGCUGAUGAUGUCAGAAGCGAGCACCAAGUGGUGUACCGGACACUGUCCGUGUUCGCAGCAUCGAAACGACACACACUGUCAGGCCUUGUUUUUUUUCCUGUGUACCAUGGUAGUGAUCUACUGCACCAGUCGUCCAAGGCCACACACUGACUUAAAUGGCUGAGUUACCAACGGACAUCACCUUCAAACAUUGUCCACCGGUCUAUGCCCUGUGAGCAGAUUCGAAACAGUGGUAAACACCCUCAUCUGUUACCACUGCUUGUUGCCAGAUCCGCUGCCAUCAUUUCACCGCUUAUGACGUCAUCCUGCUUCUCCUGUGAUAUGGUAACGAUUUUGUCCAUUGAACAUAGUUUGAUCGUGUAAACACACCUUAAAGAGUAUGAUUAAAGAAAAAGCUAUAUCUCUGGUAUUAUCAAAACAAGUGUACUAGUUAAGGACAAAAUUUAAGUAAAAGAAUUUUAGCCUGUCACUAUUCAGAAUUUGGGUGAAUUUUUGUACUGAAGUGUUGAAUACUGAUGAUCAGAAUAUCUGUCCUCUUUCUAAAGGGUAAUAUUUGAAGUGUACCUGUAUGGUAUUCCAAUUUUGUCUCCCCUUAUGUAUCAAAAACUACCUGCUGGCUGGCUAUUUCGAUCUUCCUUUUCAACCAAUUACUAAUCAUCAAUUCUCCUACUUCCACACACUACUGGUGCUGGAACGUAAAGUACAUCAGUGAAGAAUAUUUUACUUUUUCCCCCUAGUGUUAUUCAUCACAUUUAUUUGCACAAAAAAACAAAAAAACAAA